AUGUUGCUGUAUACCAAACGGGCGCUGCCCAAAAUACCCAAGAAACGCUCGCGAGCGGGUUGUGAUUUCUGCAGAGUGAAAAAAAAAAAGUGCGACGAAGGCCGUCCCGUCUGCGCGCGAUGCAAAGAGGCUGACCAAGAAUGCGUCUACGGGCCGCCGAGGCCGCGGCAGCGGAGGACCGCCGCGCAGAUUGAGGCCGAAUCUGCCCUCGCAGAGAGCGCCUCUACAUCGUCCAACCUUGUUGUGCGGCAAAACAGCGUAGCAGAGCCGUCGCUGUCUCCGCCCACGCCGAUACUGGACGAUAGCUGUCUCGGCGCAAUUGUCGGCGACGCCAACGAAUUGGCUGAAUUGGCCGACAAUGACUCGACAACGAGCACGGCCGCUGAUACUCGUGACGUGGCCGGACUCGACACGCGCGCCCCCCACGCCAGUGCCCUCACCAAAUGGUCGUCGCCGUCGACGACGCACCGCCCCCGCCGCCACGCGGGCGCCUUUUACGCCACGCCUCACCUGGAGCUCAAUAUGCCGCUGUUUUCGGAAUUCACCACCAUCAAGGGCCGGCGUGGACUGUUGGACCACUUUGCGCGCGUGCUGUCGCGGCUCAUUGUGCUGCGCGAGGACGCCGAGGGCGGCAACCCGUUUCAGCGGCUGGUGCUACCCAUGUCGCGGCGCAGCCCCGCGGUGGCGAGCGCCAUCUACGCAUUGUCGAGCGCACACCUCGAGUUUCGUGGCGCCGGCGGCGCUGCCGCAGACGUCGGCGGCAGCAGCUGGACGAGCAUCGAAUUUCACUCCGAGGCGGCGCGCAACUUGGCGGGCUUGAUUGAAAAGGGCGCAGAGGGUAACCAGAAUGAGCUGCUGGCGGCUGUUAUUCUGCUGAUAUACUACGAAGUGUUGGUGCAUCGUGAACGGUCUCAGAUCGUUGAUGGACAUUUGAAAGGUGCUCUGGCUAUUCUAAAUAGCGGUCCCGCAACAUCAGAUCCAACCAGAGCGUUUCUCGAGCGUGCGUUCCGGUUCUACGACGUUAUUGCGGCGCUUUCUUUCCGAACGCCGACCCUCUCACCCGCUCCCGCACCCGGUGGCAUGGGCCACUUGCUGCCCUUUGACAGCAGAGGCACCCCGCAGCCCGCCGGCAGCGCCGAUACCCUCCUCGGCAUGGCGACGUCGCUAUGGCCUAUUGUACACCGGCUUUCCAACCUCGGCGCACUCAAAGACCGCGUGCUCGACGCUGCAUCCAUUGGCAAUUCUGACCGCGCCGCUCAACUCCGCGCAGAGCUCGACGCGGAGGCGGCCGCCAUUGAAGCCGCCCUCGUCGCGUGGGAGCCCGAGCGGCUAUCCUCCCCGGACCACGACGCCAACAACACCACCGCCCUCACCACGACGACCACCACGGGUCCUCUCCGCGGAAUCUUUAGCAACGCGCGCGCGUACCGGCACUCGUCGCUGGUGCACCUCUACCGGAGCAUCCGCGGGCUGCGGCGCGAAGACGCGACGGUGCAACGGCACAUGCGGGCGAGCCUGGCGUGCUGUGUCGAGGCGGUGGAGAGCGCGGGACCAAUGGGAGCGCUGCUGUGGCCGCUAUUUGUGGCGGCGUGCGAGGCGCGAACUGAGGAGGACCGGGCGCUGGCGACGAGGGCGUUUGCAGGCAUCGAUAAGCACCAGGGGAUGGCGAAUAUCGAGCAGUCGUGGCAGAUUGUGAGGGAGGUGUGGCGGCGGGCGGAUGUGGCGGAGGCGGAAGCGGAAGCGGAGGGGAAUGAGGGAGGCGGCGCGGAGGAUAUAGGAGAGAGUAUAAUGGAGGGUGGGAAAAUAUCGGGAGGGUUUGGAGAGGAGGAUCUGUGGCGGCAGGUCUGUAAGGAUAUGGGACUGGCGGUUGUGUUUGGGUGA